CCGACUUGCAGACGCCCAAGCAUACAGAAACGACUUUAAUUUUCUGCUAUGUGCUAUAGUCUACCCAGGCUUCGCCGAGGACUGGUGUCUCGUGAUUCAAAGUGAUGGUCGGUUAUGGAUUGGUGGCAAUAGCCGUUGCUAGUGAGGACCUAUAAAAGGCUUCCAUCUCGCGGCUAUGUACUUAAAACCGAACAGACGAUGUCCAACCAAAACGGUGUUUCUGAAGACCUCGACGUCCUUAUCGUAGGAGCAGGCUUUUCUGGUCUCUACCAACUCCAGAUCUGUCGAAAACUAGGAUACAACUACAAAGUCUUCGAUGAUGCUGCGGAUAUCGGCGGUACAUGGUACUGGAACCGUUAUCCAGGUGCCAGAGUCGACAGCCCCACUCCCAUCUACUCGUUUUCCGCCGAAGAGCUCUGGAAAGAUUGGAACUGGACUGAGAGGUACCCAGGAUGGAAAGAGAUAAGGGCUUAUUUUCAGCACGUUGAGGACAAGUUGGGGUUGAAGAAAGAUAUCACUUUCAAUACUCGUGUUGUCAGUGCUGAGUGGGAUGAUGGAGAGCAUCGGUGGACCGUCAAAACGAAUAAUGGGCUCGUCGUGCACCCGCGAUUCCUGAUUCUGGCCACCGGUGCGCUUACGGUACCCUACACCCCCGCGUUCAAAGGGGUGGAGAAGUUCCGGGGGGUUUGCCAUCACACGGGAAGGUGGCCUGAGGAGGGCGUUGACGUGAAGGGCAAGCGAGUUGCUGUAGUUGGUACUGGCGCCACCGGCGUUCAGGUCAUUCAAGAGAUAGGGCCAGAAGUAGGGCAUUUGACGGUCUUCCAACGCACUCCCAACUUUUGCCUUCCGAUGGGCCAGGCAAAGCUGGACGUGAAAACGCAAACAAAGCAGAAGCCACUAUACCCUACUUACUUCCGCUUCCGGAUUCAAACUGUCGCCGGAUUCCUUUAUAAUCCCUACCCCAAGGAUUAUACGUCCUCAACACCCGAAGAGCGUAUACUUCGUCAAGAAGAGUACUGGGCGAGAGGCGGAUUCCAAUCGAUUGGUGCAUUCAACGAUACGAGAAUCAAUCAGGAAUCAAACGAUGCUCUUUAUGCGUUCUGGCGGUCAAAGGUUCGCGCGAGGAUACGUGACCCGAAGAUGCAAGAAAAGCUUGCACCCAUGGUUCCCCCUCAUCCGAUUGGAGGGAGACGAGCUUCCCUGGAACAGACGUAUUACGAGGUCUUCAACCAGGACAAUGUUGAUCUGAUUGAUCUCAACGAGAAUCCAAUAGCUGAAUUCACAUCGAAGGGUAUUGUAACCGGGGAUGGAAAGGAGCACGAGUUUGAUGUUAUCGUUCUCGCUACUGGAUGGGAUGGUGUCACUGGGGCGAUGACGAAGAUUGAUAUACGAGGUAUAGAUGGGCAGACAGUUGCUGAGAAGUGGAAAGAUGGGGUGUACACGAAUUUAGGGAUGACGGUGUCUGGUUUCCCGAAUAUGUUCUUUACCUAUGGCCCCCAAGCCCCGACUGCGUUUUCCAACGGCCCAAGUUGCGUUGAACCUCAAGGCGACUGGAUUGCUGGUGUGAUUAAGCACAUGAUGAAGAAUGGUUUCACCAAGAUUGAAGCUACGCCGGAAGCUGAACAGAACUGGCGAGGAAUGGUCAUGGGCAUCUAUGACAAGCUCCUUAUGAAGAACGCUAGGGGCUGGUGGAACGGAGCUAACAUUCCUGGGAAAGCAGUGGAGGUCUUGAGCUUUCCGGGGGGCAUACCGACGUACUUCAACAAAUGUACCGAGGUCGUGGAGAACGGGUAUGAAGGGUUUGUACUUUCAGGGAAAGGGAGCGGACGGGUCUAAAAACAUGUUUUGAUAGAACAUUUGUGUAGAAUUUAAUCUUCGCCAUUCACAUCAUAGUGUCUCCACGACCAGCUUAACGAUUCAUAGUACGGUGUUUGGGUACACUACGUAUCGUAGAACCUAGAUGUUCGAAGUAAACCCUGCCACUAAGAAGGUACUGCGCAUCGUACAGAAUGCAGCACCUGGGCCUGAGCUCCCAUCCUGAGUCUGGACUAUGCAGUGAUGGGCGACAACGGCUUGCAAAAAGGAAUUGGGAGGCCGCCAGGACCUAGGUUAAUCACAUUGAGGUAGAGUGACAAAAUCUAGAUGAGGUGAUACUUAUGUUGUACUUACGUUGUACUCAUGAGCACCGUAGUGCUCGCUUAGAAAUGGCCGACGAAAUCUCAAAAUUUGUUACCCC